AUGACGGAGGCAGCGUCGAGCAGCAGAGUGAGGGAGCUUCAAGCCAUGUUGUUCCCGGUUCAGCCUAUCCCCGGUGGCGUGCUUUCCGAGCUGCAAGUGCCGCAGGAGUUGCAAGUGUCUCAGCUGGAGCGUUACGACAGCUCUAUCCUGAGACGGGAGGUAGAGUCGGCGUUGUUUGCGAUACCCUUGGGCCUGUCCGGAUAUCGAUACUCCAAGGAAACAUUGCGAGCAGUCCUCGACGCACGCUGCAUCGUCGAUGGAAGCAUUCAGGAAGCGGCCAGGUGGCCGACCGAAUGUCAGGUGAUCUCAGAGAGAAUUCGUCAUAUCGAAUACAAUCCCGGCGUCCCGGAAGCCUUUUACGUCCCAACGGGCAAGGAACCGAGGCCGAAACCGAUCAACGACGAGCUCGGAACAGUGAUAUUUCGCUACUGCCCUACCAACGUCACCAAUUACUUCAGCCGGUCUUGCGUGGGCGGCAACGCGGUACUGCCAUUUCCUGCAGAUUUCUCCGGGGAGUCGAGCGCCGUAGAUAACAGGGAGGCCGCUAACGAGAACGAUAUUUUCUUCCUCGCCGAAGCGUCCAACCGUCCGAAGGAGGACAACACGGACCUGCGCUUCGAGUCGAGAUUCGAAUCCGGCAAUCUCGGCAAAGUGGUGAAGAUAACCGACACGUAUUAUCAGCUCUAUCUCAGGAGGGACCUUUACACUCAGAGGCAUACGCAGUGGUACUACUUCCGGGUGUCCAACACGAGAAGUAGAAUCACGUAUAGAUUCUCGAUCGUGAACAUGUGCAAAGAAGAGAGCCUCUACAACGAAGGCCUCAAGCCACUACUCUACUCCACCGAGGACGCUCGCACCCGGUCCAUAGGAUGGCGGAGAUGCGGCGACAACAUCACGUAUUAUCGCAACAACGACUCAUCAAACGACGAGGAGCGGGAGAGGCACACGCUGUCGUUCAACAUCUCGUUUCCCCACGAUCGUGACAUCGUUUACUUGGCCCACUGCUACCCUUACACGUACACCGAUCUGCAGGAAUACCUCGGCAGGAUCGUGGAGGACCCUACGAAGACGAGGUUCACCAAGCUGCGCCUGCUGUGCCGCAGUCUGGCCGGAAACAGCGUCUACUACCUGACGAUCACCGCGCCGACGCACGACGACGAGGCGCGCAGGAAGCGGGGUGUCGUUAUCACCGCCCGGGUGCAUCCCGGCGAGACGCCCUCCAGCUGGACGAUGAAGGGCAUCAUCGACUUCCUCACCGGCGACACGAAUCGCGCCCGAGAGCUGCGGGAGAGAUUCGUCUUCAAGCUGGUGCCGAUGCUAAACCCGGACGGCGUGAUAGUGGGCAACAAUCGUUGUUCCCUGUCCGGUAAGGACUUGAACCGACAGUACAGGACGGUGAUGCGAGAGAGCUACCCGUCCGUAUGGCACACGAAGCUGAUGAUCCGCCGGCUUCUUGAAGAGUGCGGCGUGGCCAUAUACUGCGACCUGCACGCUCACUCGAGGAAGCACAACAUCUUCGCCUACGGCUGCGAGAGCAAACGGGUCGGAUGCAGCGGCAGAUUGUCGGAACAAGUAUUCCCGCUGAUGCUGCACAAGAAUGCGGCCGACAAGUUCUCCUUUGAGAACUGCAAGUUUCACGUUGAGAAAGGGAAGGAAGGUACAGGCAGAGUGGUGGUGUGGUCGAUGGGCGUGCAGAACAGUUACACUAUGGAGGCAUCAAUGGGUGGCAGCAAGAUGGGCUCGAGAUGCGGGACUCAUUUCUCCGCGCAGGACUACGAGCAGAUCGGCAAAGCCUUCUGCGAGACCCUUCUCGACUUUUCUGAUCAAGAUCCCACAAAGGUAACAUCAAAUCCCUUUUCACGGCAGGAGAGACUGCGGAAUAAAAUCAUAGCCAGGCUGACGAAGGAAGGAUCCAAUGCCGAGGAGCCCACCAACAUCGACCUCACCGAUUACUCCAGCGACGAGGGAGACACCUCGCAAGAGAGCUUCUCGUCGGACGACGAGAGGAUCGAGUACACAGAUGCUGCGUGGUCGAGCGAGGGUGGCGAACUCCUGGCGAGUCGUCGCCGGUACCUUUGUGUACCCCCGCCGUCGCCCACUUUCGUCCCGCCGAGGAGCGUCGGCCUCUGCAGGAGGAGAGUGCGAAGAGACGUCGCGGGCAGGAUUUAUCUGGAGCGCAGGAGAAUUCUGGCGCAACGCGCGGUGAUGGACCUGCCAACUACAGAUCCCGGCAGCGAUCUCUGCGACCUCACCGAUUCGGCGGACGAGAGCUUCGUCAGAAGUGAAGGGCGGGAAUGUGAAGCUGUAUGGAGGAAAACGUCGCGAGAACGUCGCGAGGAAAUCGUCGAUCUCUCCGAGCGGGAGAGGGCGGUGAAGGAAACGAAGAAGUGUCUGAUUCUGCCGGAGAUCGUGAGACCUCGCAGUGUGUCCUUCGGGGAAAUCCUGCCGCGCAAGGACCAUCGUAAAACUCGUCAGCGGACGCGAUGUCUUCGAGCGCUGAGGAACCCGUCACCGGCGGCGCCGACGAGCCGAGACGCCAGGAUCAAGCUGACGUCGUUGAGGCAGCAGAUUUGGACGGGUGUGCCGGCGUGCACCGCCGCCGAGUGCAUCGACGCGGGACGUCGGGUCGACCCUUUCGUCAAGACGCCGUUGAGCUGGGGCGUUUCCAGACACGCUCUGAUGCACUAUCCCACGGACGGUGAAGACGCCACGCUAAAGCCGCAGUCCAAGAAGCCGCUGGCCUACGACGAGGCCGGAGAGGAGGACUCGAGAAAAUCGCGGCGGAAAUCGCGGAGGAAACGACCGGGCGCGGGGAUUCUGCCGGCGCGGCUGAAAGAGGGUCGCGCGGACGCUUCGUCCAAGUCAUUGACGGCGUCGUCGAAGAAGAAGAGCACCAAGUUCGACUGGCAACGGGCGGUGAGCCUGAAUUCGAGGAUGAAGGAGACGAGAGGCGCGAAGGGCUCGUUCCUCGCGAUCGAGGCGGACUCGUUGAAGCUGCUGGCCGCUUCGUCAGCAACGCCGAAGAAGCCGCAGCAACCGCGGAAGCUCGAGGUGCCGCGCAGGAGGUUCCGCGGCGCCGGUGCGGUGACGUCCACGUGCGUCGGCAAGGUAGCGAGGCAGCCGGCGAGAACGCCGACGAGCGGAGUCGCACGUCGCGACGCGAUCUUCCGCUGUGAGAGCUCGACGACCUCGGACGACGACGCGUCGUACGAGACCGCGGGAAAGGCGAAGCCGGCGAAGAAGAAGCAGCAGAAGAAGAAAAAACAGCAACAAUCGUCGAAGAAGCAAGCGAACAAGACGACGACGGAGCGGAGAAAGCGCGCCUGCAGCGCGAAAGCAUUGCGCGAUAUUAACGUUUAA